CCGUCGCCAUUGAACAGCCGUGGCUCGAGGCGACACCCCUAUGCGGUGUACGAUUUGUAACGGGAGGCGGGAGUCGGACCGAGCCUCUCUCUGCUCGACAUGGCGCAGCGCGUGCCCGGCUUUGCCACCGCUGCUGCUGCCGCCGCCGCCACCACCGCCACGUGCCGCUGACCUCCUCGGCCCUCGCUGCCUCUUCGUCGCUCCCUCCUGCGUACCCCGGCAACCUCCGGCAACAGGGCGGGGUACCCCAUGAUGGCGGCAGAAGCUGUGGUGGCUGCGGCCACUGUGAUGGCUAAUGGGGGAGGCCUGCACCACGGGGCCACGCUGCUGGCUUCUUCGUCGCCGCCUCCUCCGGCGGGGGCCUCGCUGAUGAGCUCUCCUCCGGCGGGGGUCUCCAUGUCGGGGUCUUCUCUCGCGGGCUCCUCGCUCAUGGGCUCGGCUCUGUCGGGGUCACUUCUGUCGGGACACGCUUUCCCUGGGUCGCCUCUCGCCGGGCGCCCUUUGUCCGGCUCCGCUUUCACGCCGCCCACGAACUAUGUGCCCACCUCAUCAGGAGCUUCUCUGCCGGGCCUCUCCAAAUGUGCAGCCGCUCCGUCCGGGUCCUCGGUGCCUGGGCUUCCACUCGCGCAUCCCGCAACCUCCUCCCGCCAGCCCAUCAGCCCCACGUCCGCCGGCAUCGCCCCUGCAGCGCCGCCCUCGUCACUGCGCGGGCCGCCUCGUCCACCGGCGCCCGGCUUCUCGGUCCCGCGACACGGCAAGCAGGCCGCGGCGAGCAACGGGUGGGUGAGCCCGCCAGGACCUGCUCCUCCUCAUCAUCAUCAUCCUCCUCCUCCUCCUGCUGCUUCUGCUGCAGCUGCCGCCGAUGCCAACGCGAACCCGGUGACCAGCCAACUGUCUUUCUUCAAGAAGUCUCCCUAUCAAAUCGAGACCUUCCUGGGCAGCGUGAGGCCAUUUCUUGGAAGGAGCUGUGGUAUCUGCACUCCCAGAAGCAGGGAGAUGUAUUUCACGUCUUCCAUCCCAGCGUUGGGUUUAAGAAACGUCAUCUUUGUGAAUGAGACUCACACCAGGCACCGAGGGUGGCUUGCCAGGCGCCUGAGCUAUUUGCUGUUUGUCACCGAGAGGGACGCUCAUAAGGAGCGAGCCCCGAAGAACGUCACGGACCUCGUCUUGAACCACACAAGGGUGCGGCAAGCGAUCAGCGAGACGUCGGCAUGCUCGGAUCCCAAGGCAGAGGCGCAGCAGCGCAAGAAGGCACAGGGUGUCCUGAAGCGCAUGACUGCCACCGUGUCCCCCGUCAUCCUGAGGCUCGCUGGCUGGGUGCUCCUCCGACUCUUCAACAGCUUCUUCCGCAGCGUGCUGGUGCACCGCGGCCAGCUGGAGAUGGUGCGCCAGGCGGCUGCCGAGCGACGUGUGCCUUUGGUCUUCCUACCCGUGCACAAGUCUCACGUGGAUUACCUACUCCUCACCUUCAUCCUCUUCUGCCACGACCUGCAGGCGCCCUACAUCGUGUCCGGAGACAACCUCAACCUGCCCAUCGUCGGGCGUCUCAUCCGAAACCUGGGCGGGUUUUUCAUCAAGAGGAGGAUGGAUGAAGAGGCCGGCCGCAAAGACAUCCUCUACCGUUCUCUCCUGCACACGUACGUGGAGGAGCUGGUGCGGCAGGGCCAGUGGCUGGAGGUGUUUGUGGAGGGCACGAGGUCGCGCAGUGGCCGGGCGGGCACGGCGCGCGCCGGGCUGCUCUCCGUGCUGGUGGACGCGGUGAACGAGGGCGCCGUGCCGGACGCGCUCGUCGUGCCCGUCGGCAUCGCCUACGACCGCGCCCUCGAGGGCAACUUCAACCGCGAGCAGCUGGGCCAGCCCAAGAAGAGCGAGAGUUUGCUGGGCAUCUUGGGUGGAGCCCUGCGCAUGCUGUGGAAGAACUACGGCUACGUGCGCGUGGACUUUGCGCAGCCCUACUCGCUCAAGGAGUACAUGCAGACGAUGAACUCGAUGGAUAUCGCUGCAUCUCGGCCUCACAAGCUGCUGCCAUCCAUCCUCAACAACAGUUCCUCUGGCGUGCGCGGUUCACCAUUUUUAACGUCGCCUCCCCGACGCCCCGAUCCGGACGUCAACGCCGUGCACAGAGCGAACGUCGCCAACCUUGCGAGCCACGCCCUCUACACUGCUGUACGAUGCUCCGCCAUCAUGUCCACCAACAUCGUGGCGUGCCUGCUCCUGUACAAGCACCGGCAGGGCGUGAGCCAGGCCCACCUGGUGGAGGACUUCUCCUGGCUCAAGGAGCUCGUCCUAUCGCGCCACUACGACAUCGGCUUCUCAGGCCGCUCGGAGGACGCCGUGGCGCAUGCCCUGGGCCUGCUGAGCGACGGCGUCAUGAGGGCGAGCGAGCCGGGCGCCGGCGCCAGCAGCGCCGAGCGCGAUGACGCCGACAGGGACGCGCUGCCCGUCCGCCCGCUGACGCACGUGCCCGCCGUCUUCGAGAUGUCCUACUACGCCAGCGGGCUGCUGCCCGUCUUCGGCCCGGAGGCUGUCGUAGCGUGCGCUGUGAACGCCGCGGCCCAGCUGAGGCUGGCGGACGUGGCAAUGGGCCACGCGCCGAGCGAGGUGAGCAUGGACCACGGCGCCCUGCUGCUCAAGACCACGCAGCUCUCCUCGCUGCUGCUGCUCGAGCUCAACCUCUUGCCGCCCUGCCACACUCUGGAGCAGACUUGCUUCGAGACCGUUCAGAAGUUUAUUGACCGCGGGAAGUUCACGUGUACCGAGGACGACGAGGACGAGGUGGCAGGCAAGCAGACGAAGCGGUGCCACCGUGCGUCGGGACGCAUGUCACCCACGCUGGCGCCGUGGAGCGACCAGGGCAGCGACAGCCUCGGCGAGGAGGGCGCCGUGUGCGGCCGCCAGCUCAAGCUUCUGGUGCCGUCGGAGACGCUCGACUGGAUGAUUUUCUUGCAGCGCAUCCUUGGCCCUGUCAUCGAGGCCUACAGCUCGGUGGCCAUUUUCCUGCACGGCCUGACGGAGCCGCUACCCGAGAGCGAGCUCAUGAAGAAGGCUCACCGCCACCUCCUGGACCGCACCGAGCGGCACGUGGCCGGGUUCGAUGAGAGCGCAACCAUGAGUUUGGCAAGGAAUGCCGUGACCACGUUCAAGGAGAUCGGAGUGCUCGCCGAGGUGCAGGAGGAGAGCCGGACGUUGCUGAACGUGGCCGAGGGAGUGCGCGCGGGAGCCGGCAUGCAGAGGCUGGCCGAGUUCGUGCUGCAGUUCACGCCAUGACGGCGCUCGUCAAAGCCCGGCCCCGUUGAGCCAAGCGCCAUCGUCUUCUACCGCGCUCCGUCCUCCGCCGCGUCGCCGGCGCGGACACGUUCCGCGCCGGCGACGCUAGCGGCCCCCAUCCACCUCCCCGACCCCCACUUCCGACGGAGCGACGGUCGAUCGCUCGCUGCCGCUUUGGUGUUGCGAGCUGUGGCCACGGACGCGUACGCCGCCGCUCGUCUGCCUUUAAUAACAAAAAAAAUAAUAAUGAUAAUUCAGGAGAGAAGGCCACCUUGAGCAGUGAGGGUGGGGGGGCGGGGUGGUCGAGGUUGUGGAAAUAUAUAUAUAACACCUUGGUCAAAACAGGCAAGCUCUCGAUUUCAGUUGCUGCCGGCUGCGGUUUCCGAGCGACGGGUGUCUCAGACCAGGUUCCAAGUUUCCGUCGGCGGUAUUUGGGUAAAUGCAGAAGUGCUUUAAUUGGUAUGCGUUUGCACAUCUUCGGCCGUUUUUUUGUUUUUUUUGAUAGUGGCUUCCAGACGUGUAUAUGCAAUACGCUGUCAAAAGAUACAAUUUGCACUGCUCAGCCACGCACGCACAGCAACCGAUGCACGGACAUAUCGAUCCAGCCCACCCUGGCAAUUGUGCCUCUCCUUCAAAAGCCAUUCAACCAGUUGCAGACAACUUGCCAUUACCAACACUGUGUCGGGUACGAUCGGGGCUUAAUUUCUCGCCAAAUAUUUUUUUUCAAGGUUGUCGGUAAAUGGGGAGCACAGGCCUGGAGACAGAGAGACGGGGGACCAUUGUCGAGGUGUGACCGACUGGAUUAGGAAGUCAGUUGCACAUGCUUUGUGUGGUCAAGCACAACUGUGACUUGUCGCCAUAAGUAAGCGUCGUGCAUGCUUGACGUGAUGUGCCGGGCGCAGAAAAAAUUUUUUUCGCAUCGCCAACCUGGACCGACCUUGUCUGAAAUGAAGCCCAGCGUAUGACGUGAGUUGGUGGGUUUUGGGUUGUGAGAUAGGAAGGCAAGGUUGUUGGUCAGAUGAUGUCUGGGUGGCCAGGUUCCUCUGUCACAUCACUUGGUUCAGCAGUAGCACAUGCGUGCCGAACUUUCCCAUCGCUGCACAGGGCAUCUCAUGGGAACUGCCGCUCACUUAAUCCAUAGAAUGCCUUCUAUUUGAAUCGACACAGCUAUUAAAACAAAUCUGCACAGUAUUGCAAAGCAAUGCACUUUGUGCUGUAUGGUGUGAUCGUGUCGUCUCAUUGGAGACGAACACAAACUUGCUUUAUGGCGCGUGUCAAAAAAUGCGAUCCAAGGAUCACCAACGCGUUUUCAAGACGACGGGGGAUUAAGUUGGUGUGUACUGUCUUUUGCGUUUAACAGCACAUUCUUAUUUAGUGAUAAUUAUAACUUUUAAUGUUUACAAGUUUUUAUUUCUAAAAACACUAAGUUGUGAUCAAUAACCACUUUUGUGUUGAAGCUGCUGCUAAAACUGCCUGGGUUGUUGGUGCUUGCUCUGUGACACGAUGGCCUUGUCAUUUCUGUGACGUGACUACGAGAAAUUGCGUUUGAUGCAUGCGACAGAAUAGCAUGCUCUGCGAAAAUAAUAUGUAACACUGAGCCCUAACCAUAGCAUUAUAAGUUACAAUUAUUAACGAUACUAACUAAUUGAAAAAUAAUCCUCGUAAACCAAUAACCAAGUAGGUGUGAAUACGAAGUUAAUAUUUUUUUGUUUCCUUGUAGGGGAAACAAUUGUAGAAUUUCAAGAAAAAAAUGUCACUUACAAACAGUGCUUGAUGUGUUGUUUGUUUGUAUGUAUGUAUGUUGAACUUCUUUCGCACCGUACGUAGCCAAACGUGUUCAUCGGAGGUGCGGGCGAAGGACAACAAACUAAACACGAAAAACAGUUCUCAAGAAGGCAGUUUCCAAUCUCGAUUUAAAAGAGUGCAUAGCUCCAGUGGCUUCCUAAUAUCGGAAGUAAGAGUUGUUGAGCAGCUCGUGUAAGAUCAGAACAACGCUGCCUUAAAACGGUGUAAACGUGCACGUGGUGCUGAAAGAGGUCUCAUUUCUCCAGGGCUUUUAAGAGAACCCCGUUCCUUAGUCACGUUGAUGUCUCAAUGUGAUUUCUUGUUCUUGGAAUUUGGUUUAUUUUGAUCGAUCACACGAGGAAAAGCGAGUGGCCAAGUGUGAACUUGAUCGUUGAGCAAUAAAGUCAACUACUUUUUUUUUACUUUUUAUUUUACCAGCUAAGGCCCACUGAGCUCUUUAACUAUUUUUUUUCCAGUAGCAACCUGGCCACAACUAAUAGCUCAACGAAGUGGCUUAUUGUGUGGUAAUUUAUAGUGACAAAAAUGCUUUAAAUGCGUAAUGUUGAUUCUAAAUGUGGGGAGAAAAACCGAAGGGCCUGGAGAAAAAUCCACGUGACCACGGCGAGAACAUGCAAAACUCGUGCAAUCCAGGCGAGGUAGUUAACUUCUCACCACCUUGGCCACAGUGUGAAGCCACGAGACACGUCCUGCUACUGAUAAGUGGAUCAAUAUCGUGGUCCACAUUCUUGCCACCCUUCGUAUCCAGGAAUGCUCAUUAAUGUUUGCAACAUAUGAUAAAGGAUCUUAUAAUUGUCUAUGAAUGUUAGAAAGUUAAGGUCAUGUCUACACCCUUUUGUGUAAAUAUAAAACGUACAUUUUGUGGCACGUUUUUGAAGUUUAUUGUAUAAAGUGCACGUUUUUUUGUGUUGCAGUGUUUCAAAUGAGGACGUUUUAUUAAGGGCAGUAAUCAUCUGCAUAAUACUCCCCGCUUUAAACGUUGUCCUUUUAUUUUUGAUUGUCUCAAAUAUGAGCCUGAGUGUGUACGUCACCUUCCAUGUGCAUUUUAAAGAAUGAGACACCCAACUUAACUACUUCUAAUGUGCUACUUGUAAAAGCCACUGGACAGUUACGCUGCAAGCUCCUGUGCUGGGUUUAACCCAGGUGUAUCUCUGCGGCCGUGACACGAAUUCAUAUCUUUGUCCACUUGGUGUGGCGAUGGAUUUUUUUUUUUAAUCGAGUGGGGAAUGAUAUAAAGUAGAUUUUUUUUUGAGAGUCGACGUAGAUGAAUCUUUCCGAGUUGGUUUCAGAUUCUUUCGCAAGAUGUGAAUAUAAGGGGUCCAUUUGUAGGGGGAAAAAAAGCAAUGAUGUUUUUUUUUUAAUGUACGUUUAACUGAAAUGCGUGCAUUUUUGUGUAAAUGUAUAGUCGAUGGCGCACAACUGUAUGAUGUACGACUUGAAUACAACAACGUUGGUAGUUACAGCAGGCUCGCCUUGCAUCGGGAAUUAACUAAUUUGGUUUGUUCGACUUGUAGUCACAAACUCGCGUGCGGUGUCAUCGACUGGCUGAUGCCCUAAAACCAAUUCUCUUGAAGUUUGCCGACAGAAAUAAGCAAUGGCAAUUGCAGUACUGAACUCGUUCACAUGCCUGCUUUUGCGUUUGAUAACAUACUAUACAACUAUCAAUACAAAUAAAGGGCUUGCAGAUUCGUAAUAAAAAACACAUGUUA